CAAACAGCGUUCGCAACGUGCGUGCCAUUUCCCCGCCGACUCUGCAGGACAUGAUCUGCACAAGUGUGAUGUGAUCCAUCCCCAGAACUUCCCCACGCCCCCAGCACGCUCCUCUGCCCAGGCAAAACAUGGAAGAGUGACUGAAGGCCACGGGACCCUCCGGUUCGCAUCAGACCAGAAAAGCUUUUCCCCAUAUGGGCCCACAACAUGGCGGAUGGACCAGUCGGCCUUGAUUUGCCGAACCGCGUGUAUGUAGUCAACUGGCUCCAACUUGAUCAAGUCCUGGUAGAAAGCGACGAUCUAAGGCUUAAUUUCGGAACAGCUAAGAGCGCAGUUUCUCCCUCUUGAAGAGUCACAUUAUUAUAUAUCUCAGUUAUUAUCCUGCCAACCUGGCACGAUUCGCGGCAAAACGAACAAAAAGAAUUUCGGCGUUUGAACUUCUCCUCUGUGGUAUCUUCGGGAUUCCCGUGCAUCAGUUACAUACCGACGAACUACUCGGCCAGCUUGUUAUCACUGCACUUGCACUGUGAAUUCGACGAGCAUGUUGGCAAAUUCGACGAUAGCCCAUCGUUCCUGCGAUAGACGAUGACGAUGCGAUUGUUCUGAGCGGCGGCAACACUUACGCAGACGCCGUAACGCCAGGAAAUUGCGACUUGGCUCUUUGUGCGCGGUCAAUCAGCAGAAAGAUACUGUUAAAGACAACCCGGUUUUUGAUAUCCCGAUAUUCAAUGUAGCGGGCGCCAACCAGCAUUGAAAUACAUGUGUAUUAAGGAGGACACUCAGCAGAUGCCAGCUGCUGCACUAAGAGCUAUGCACCUCGAGCAGUGGACGUAUCCAGUGCCGAGUCUCUCGUCCGAUGCUCGAGAAGCUUUGACUGAAAUGGCCCACAGCAUAUGGCAGGGUGCAAUUUCUCUCCUUUUACCUACCGUGCUCCUUUACCUUGCCCUAUACGCCCUGGUGAAGCGGCGUGUGAAAGUAUACGAAAAUCUGAGCGUUGUGGCUAUGUUUGCAUUUGCGGUGAGCAGCAUUGUCAUGGUAGUGCCAUGCAGCACCGUCCGAAGUCUGCAAUUAUUCUGCGUGGCAAUUGGUAUCAUGAAAGCCAUGGACUUCUAUGUGCGCAGACAUGCUCCGCCGCAAUACACCCAUGCUACUAGGCCGUCCGACGCAAUAAUCGCUCUCCUCUAUCUCACAGAACUCCGCUAUGAAUCAUUUACUCCAAACCAUGUGCGCACAGCACCAGCACCAUCUAUGUCAGAAAUUAUCGAACCGAAAUCACGCACAAGGGCCUCUUCCAGUCACCAUGGCAAGUCGUAUUUCAGCAAAUUCUCCAAACCCAACUUCUCCGAACCGACAAACCUGAUCCUCCACAUCCUGCUCUUCACCAUCCUGCAAACCCUCUUUCCGCAAUCGAAUCCUACUAUUCUCGCCGUUCAGAUCCUCCUGGCGAUAUACAUACUCUGGGAAUCUAUGCAGCUCGUACUUCGGUAUCGCACCAGCCCACCCCUUUUCGGCCCAGUGUACACCGCAACAUCGCUUAGCUCCUUUUGGAGUGAGACCUGGCACAGUGCGUUCGCCAGUCCUUGCCACUCGCUCGCUUAUGGACCACUUCGUCGUAUCCUUCCACUAAGAUACGGCAUGCCCGUCGCCUUCGCGCGUGGAAUAGGAAUAAUCGCGUCUUUCAUACUAAUGGGGUUUUUCCACGUAUACGCUUUGGCGCCGUUGCUGCCCGUGGACGCCCUGCUGCGCAUAUCUGCUUUCUUUUUGUUAAAUGGCGUGGGGACAGUGAUGGAGGAGGCCUUGUGGGGAAGGCAGUCGCACUGGGGAAAGACAAUCCUAGCGUGGGUGUUUGAGCUGGCGAUUGCUAGCUGGACGGUGGAAGGCCUUUCGGUUCCUAGGGGGUUGAGAAAUGUUUCGUGGAAGAAUGUUUGCAAUGUGGGAAGGGAGACCGAAAUGAUUUUCACAUAAUAAUUAGCAGAGAAAUAAAGAGACAUAUGAUUGACCAAGAAAUGAAAAAAAGUGUGGUCCUCCAGAACUUGAAUGAGGAGUUGGCCGGAACUAGAAUAAGGAGGGAUAUCCUGAAGAUUAAAGUAUCAAAAAAAAGGACCUUUUCUCUUGAACGCAACAACUUGGAAUCAGAUUGAGACAAGGAUCUGCAACAACCAUCAGAAAGGGAACUGAAGAAAUCUGGCCGUCAAGUGAAAAAGCAACUAAAUCUAAAAGGAGAUUGUGCCCGAUUAUCAAGACUUUGCGUGACACGAGGAAAGGAAGAAUCCAAAGAGUGAAAUAUGAAGGAGCCAAAAAGCAGCCAAGCUCGCCUUAAAUGCUACUAGGAGAAAUUUCGACUUUGGUCAGCCAAAAAAAAGGAUCGAAUGUUGGUGACUUUAACUGUCGUCUUCAUAAUAUUCAUCUUCCUCCUCUUCCUCUUCCUCCUCCUCUUCCUCUUCCUCUUCGUUCAAUUUCCAUGUAACUAGCAUUUCCUUUGGUACGCCGUCUCCAAUCAUUUGAAAAUAUUGUGCAUUUUCAUAUGCCUGAAUGAUAAAGUCGACAAGAACCAUAUUGCUUCCUACUUCAGCAGCCUGCACAGCAGAGUAUUCGACGUUACCGACGUCAAGGGGAUCGGCACCAUGCUGAAUAAGGGUCUUGACUAUGUGAAAGCCAUCCAUUAAACGGCAAACAAAGUCAGGGAUAUCAUCAUCUUCGAAACUACUUGCUGGGGGGUGUAAAAUCAGGGCUAAAACAAUACGGUGAAGCGGUGUGAGU